AUUCUAGAAGCAUCUAGCUAGCCCUCUACCGCUGGCCUCAGGCUUCAGGGAGGUCUACUCAUGACGCCGCUUAAAAUGCAGGUUCCUUCUCCCUGGAUUGGGUGGGAUGGGGCCCCAGGGAGCAGGCACACCAGGUGACCUUCAUUUGGGCACUGCCACCCCCUGGGUGCAGGGGAGCAUUGUCUGGGCCAUCAGUGACCCUUGGGAGAGAGGACAGCUGAAGUCCAUGCUGUCUACGUGCAGCGGGGCUGGCUGUGGGGGCGGAGGCUUCCAGAAGCUUCGAGCCCAGCCUGCUGAUCACCCCAUCUUUGGGGAGGCUCACGGGAGGAGGCGCUGUGAAAACCACAGUGCCUGCCUGCUGGGGCUGAUGUACAGCGCAAGGCACCCUCAACAAGCGGGCAAUGAGCGAGGGAACGCCCCUGCCCCCUGGCCCCUUGGUCCCCCUGCCCGCAGGCCGGCCAUGUCGACCCUACUGGACCUCAAGAGCAGCGUGCUCAGGCAGGUGCAGGCGUGCCCGUCCUUCCGGCGCAGGACCGAGGAGGAGGCGGGCAGCUCCAGCGCCGAAGCCCCGGCGCCCUCUCAGGAGGCCUGGAAGCCUGGGGACGGCGUGGAGUUCUUCGCGCAGAUGCGUCUGGUGCUGAAGAAGGGUGAGGGCCGCCAGCGCCUGCCGCGCCGCGAGGUCCUCCUGCGCAGCGGAUCGCCGGCCCCCGCCGAGCCCGUGGACCCCAACCGCGGCCUGAGGCCCCUGAGCCCGGAAGAGGUGGAGACGCUCUACGAGGAGGCCUUGUACACAGUCCUCCACCGCGCGGGGACCAUGGGCCCUGACCGGGUGGACGACGAGGACGCUCUGCUGGCCUACCUCAGCCAGGUGUUCAGCACCAGCCCCGAGGAGCACGCGGAGGCCGUGGAGCGCGUGAGGAAGGCCAAGGCCCCUGCCUACGCCCUCAAAGUGUCUGUCAUGCGGGCCAAGAACCUGCUGGCCAAGGACCCCAACGGCUUCAGCGACCCCUAUUGCAUGCUGGGCAUCCUGCCGGCCUCGGGUGCCUCGAAGGAGCCCCCUGAGAAGGAGCAGCGCUUCGGUUUCCGCAAGGGCAGCAGGCGUGGCGGGGGCACUAGGGAUCCGCUGCCAGCCAAGUGCAUCCAGGUCACCGAAGUCAAGAGCAGCACCCUGAACCCCGUCUGGAAGGAACACUUCCUCUUUGAGAUUGAGGACGUCAGCACUGACCAGCUGCACCUGGACAUCUGGGACCACGAUGAUGAUGUGUCCCUGGUGGAAGCCUGCAGAAAGCUGAAUGAGGUCAUGGGCCUGAAGGGCAUGGGCAGGUAUUUUAAACAGAUUGUCAAGUCAGCCCGGGCGAACGGGGCGUCGGGACCCACUGAGGACCACUCUGAUGACUUCCUGGGGUGCCUCAACAUACCCAUCCGUGAGGUGCCCGUGGCUGGUGAGGACCGCUGGUUCAAGCUGGAGCCACGCUCUAGCGCCUCCCGUGUGCAGGGCGAGUGCCACCUGGUCCUCAAACUGAUCACUACACAGAGGGAUACAAGCAUGAGCCGGCGCGGCAGCUCUGGCUUCCGAUCCUACCAGCUGCUGCUCGGCAGCCUGCUGCAGUUCGAACACCGGGCCGAGGAGCCGGACGCGAGCAGCUGGUGCGGUGAGCUCAGCGGGCCGGCGGCCACCAUCCUCUCUCUGCACGGUGCCCAGAGCAACCUGUCACCCCUGCAGCUAGCUGUGCUGCACUGGCAGGUCAGCAGCCGGCACCAUCAGACCCAUUCCCUGGACUACGGCUACCUGCUGGGGCUGCUGGAGGACAUGCAGGCGCACUGGGAGGAGGCUGCUUCGCUGCGGCAGGAACAGGAGGAGGGCCUGGCCGACAGCUUCUCAGCCUUCUCCGAGUUCGGGCUCCAGCUGCUGCGCCAGCUCCGAGACUACUUCCCUGCUACCAACAGCACGGCCGUCUACCGCCUGGAGCUGCUGCUCAAGUGUCUCGUCAAGCUCCAGCUGUUCCAGCCUUCCUUUGAGAUCUGUCCCUUCGAGACCGAGCUGAACAUGGACGUCACUGCGGCCCUGAAGAGAGGCAACCGCGAGUGGUACGACAGGCUCCUGAACUCCAAGUGCCCCCGCGAGCAGCCCGCACCGCAGCGCCUCCCGGGGCUCAUCGAGCUGGCCGACGCCGUCUACGAGGACUUGCAGGCCGGCUACGGCAUCUACGCCAGCCUCUUCCACAGCAUCCUGAAGGUCGACUUCUUCACCCUCACCUUCCAUCAGCUGGAGUGUCUGGUGGCCGAGGAGGCGUGGGUGCUGUUGAAGGAGCUGAGCCCCAAGAUGACGCUGGAGAUGGCCUCGGGGCUCUUCGAGCUCUACCUGACCCUGGCAGACAUCCAGCGUUUCUGGAGCAGCGUCCCUGGCCGGGACGGUCGCUCGCUGGCCCUGGCGGGCAUCCACGUGCCCUUCCUGCCCGCCAUGAAGCUCUGGCUGCAGGCACUGCGGGACCAGACCAGGUGGCGGCUGCAGAGCGCCAUCGACGUGGACACGCUAGAGCCGGUGGACGCCUCCUCCAAGCACAGCGGCUCCGCGGCCGCCGCGGGACUGUGCUUCAGCCUCAUCCAGGAGCUCUGGGUGCGCCUGGCGUGGCCGGACCCCACCCAGGCCCAGGGGCUGGGCAUGCAGCUUGGCCAGGACAUGUGCGAGGCCACCCUCUUCUACACGGAGCUGCUGCGGAAAAAGGUGGACGCGCAGCCGGGCGCCGCGGGCGAGGCCGUGAGCGAGCCGCUCUGCGCGGUCCUCAACGACGUGGAGCUGGUGCGCAAGGCUGCCGGGCAGGCGCUGAGGGGCCUGGCGUGGCCAGAGGGCGCCGGAGGGCCUGAGGGGGAGCUCCCGCGGCCCCUGCUCAGCUGCACGCAGGCGCUGGACGAGGACCUGCAGCGCGAAGCCCGCACCGUGACGGCGCACCUGACGUCCAAGAUGGUGGGCGACAUCCGGAAAUACGUGCAGCACGUCAGCCUGUCGCCCGACUCCAUUCAGAACGACGAGGCCGUGGCCCCGCUUAUGAAGUACCUGGACGAGAAGCUGGCCCUGCUGAACGCCUCGCUGGUGAAGGAGAACCUAGACAGGGUGCUGGAAGCCCUCUGGGAGCUGCUACUGCAGGCCAUUCUGCAGGCGCUGGGCGCCAACCGCGACGUCUCCGCUGACUUCUAUGGCCGCUUCCACUUCGCGCUGGAGGCACUGGUGAACUUCUUCCACGCCGAGGGCCAGGGUCUGCCCCUGGAGAGCCUGAGGGAUGGAAGCUACAAGAGGCUGGAGGAGGAGCUGCGUCUGCACAAAUGCUCAACCCGCGAGUGCAUCGAACAAUUCUACCUGGACAAGCUCAAGCACAGACCCAUGGAGAAGAACAGGUUCGGGCGCCUGAGCGUCCGCUGCUACUACGAGGCGGCUGAGCAGCGGCUGGCGGUGGAGGUGCUGCACGCCGCCGACCUGCUCCCGUUGGACGCCAACGGCCUGAGCGACCCGUUUGUGAUCGUGGAGCUGUGCCCGCCACACCUCUUCCCGCUGGUCCGCAGCCAGAGGACCCAGGUCAAGGCACGGACCCUGCACCCGGUGUACGACGAGCUCUUCCACUUCUCCGUGCCGGCCGAGGCGUGCCGCCGCCAUGCCGCCUGUGUGCUGUUCACCGUCAUGGACCACGACUGGCUGUCCACCAACGACUUCGCGGGCGAGGCGGCCCUCAGCCUGGGUGGUGUCUGCGGCGUGGCCCGGCCCCAGGCAGGAGGGGGCGCGCGCGCGGGGCAGCCUAUCACCCUGCACCUGCGCCAGCCCAAGGCCCAGGUGAGGUCCGCUCUGCGGAUGCUGGAGGGCCGAGCCAACAAGGAGGCGCAGGACUUUGUCAAGAGGCUCCGGGAGCUGGAGAAGUGCAUGGAGGGGGACGCCUGA